GCAGACUAAUGUCAGGAUACGGUUGGCGAAACGCAGCAUUCCAAAUCUUUCCAAGAAAAUGUGUCUCAGUGAUCGGACGAAUUACACGUCACGGCGUCAAAUUGCAAAUCUAAUGCGACUCCUGUCUGUCACGCUAAGUGGCCUCAUCGGAAACCUUGCUGAUCAAGUUAGCAGACACAAUAAUCCAUGGCGAAUUGUCCAAGGUUAUAGCGUGGUGGCAGCGGAUGGCCUGUAUGGAUCCACAUGCGCCGUGCCUAUCGUACCCACUGCACAGCUCGUGACCCCGCAAAAGACAACGGGAACAUGGUACGGCUACCUCUCCCGUCGGGGCAGCGGUCUCGCUAUUCCGCGCUACAACGAAGUCCUGACCUACACCGGACAAGGCCAGACCGUCCUCCCGGGUUCUAUCACUUCUGCGGAGGCGGUCAUGGAGGAGAUCUACUAUUUCGCCGGCGCCAACGGCACGGACUGUAAAGCCAAAUGGGCCGAGAAAUACUUCACCAUCAUCGGCACACAGUUCGGGAUCGGCAUGACGUCCGACACACCGUCACCAAAAUUUGAGGCGACGUUCACAUUGUACCAAGACUAUGAUACACUGGAGAUUCUGUACCAGUGCGCCAAGCCAAAUUACAUCACCACACGGUGCGAUGAUCCGCACAUCUUUGUCAACUCCCGGAAACGGCCGGAUCAGAUGAGCGGCGCGGAUAAAGAAUACACACUGCAAAUUAUCAACGCGGUGCUGGAUCCGUACUGCUUGUCGCAUAAGAGGCUGACCGCGGUUAUUUGGGAUUCUAAGCGGGAGACCUGUACAGUGCCGCAUCCGGCGUUUUUUGACGAUCUCGUCAACGGAGUGAAAGCUACUUUGACGGCAUAGAAAUGAAUUUUUUAAGACAACCGUGGCCAAGCUUUCUCGGUGUUUAAGUUUGACGAAAAAUGUGCGCCGUAAAUACCUGUGCGCUUCAUUCGAAAAUCUUGCAUUUUUUUUUAAAAAAUAAAGAAAAAACUUUUUUCAUGCAGCUAAGAUUUUCACAAACGUCAAGGAACCAACUGUACAUUAAACAUUACCAAGGUA